AUGGACAAAUCAAAUCAUUUUGCAACAUACCUAAAAAACAAAAGCAAAGGCAAAGAUCUUGAAAACGGCAAAUCCUUCAGUUUCUUCUUCUCUUCAUCUUCAUAUCUGAAAAUGGAAAAUCCACAAGCAAAUCAGCUUCCUGAAGUGGAUUCAUUGCCAGAUGGCUUUGUUGCGAGUCCUUCAGAGCCUUUGGCUCCAAAUACUCCAAUUUUAGAACAAGAAAAGCCUUUGCAGCCUGAUUAUACGGAAGAUGAUUUAGUUUCCACCGAGUUUGGAGCAAGCAAGGGCCAAAAGCAAAGAACUUUUCCUGUGCCAUUGUCUGAAGGGGACUCUUUUGGUGGUUCUGUGGACUCUGUGCAAGGUAAAUUAGUUGGUGAGGAGUCAAGUGAUUCUGUUCCUGAGGCCGCUGAAGUUGGGGUGGUAGAAUGCAGUGAGGUGAAAGGAGAAGUUAAAGGGGAGUGUCAAAGUACAGAAAGAACAGUUGAAGGAGGAUCAGAAGCUAACUCGACUAUUUUGAAGGAAACAUCUUCUUCGGAAAGCGUGGAUUUGCUGAAAAAUAAAAAACCAGAAACUACUGAAACCAAACGCAAGAAUGCAAAACGUACAUUCAAAUCGGAAAAGGAAUUUCUUGAGUUCUCUUUGAAAUAUCAGCAAGUCCUUGCAGAAAGAGAUGCAGCUAUUGCUGUUCGAGAUAAACUUGAAUCACUUUGUAGGGAGCUACAACGUCAGAACAAACUGUUAAUGGAUGAAUGCAAACGAGUAUCAACAGAAGGGCAAAACUUAAGAUUAGAUUUAUCAGCCAGGUUCCAAGAUGCAAUCAAGGAUGUGAGCAAUAAGCUGGAAGAGCAGAAGGAUGAAUGCCUGUCUCAACUGAAGGAGAAUGAGAUGUUAAGAAAUAAGUUGAAACAGUUCGCUGAUCAAUACGCCCUCUCUGAACAACAAUAUGCGCAGAAGCUAAAGCAGAAAACACUAGAACUACAGCUUGCUGAUUUGAAAAUUAAGCAACAUGAAGAGAAAUUGAUCCAGGAACAAGCACAGAUGAAAGUAUAUGCAGAGCAAGUGUCUCAGUUAUUGGCCACUGAAAAGAACUUACGCAUGCAGUUGACAGCUGAUGGAGAAAAAUUUCAACAUUUUCAAGAUGCUUUGUUAAAGAGUAAUGAGGUCUUUGAAACAUUUAAGCAAGAGAUUGAGAAGACGGCAAAAUCAAUCAAGGAACUCAAGAAGGAAAAUGGAUUCUUGAAGAGCAAAUGUGACAAAUCAGAUGUUACUCUCAUAGAACUUGUGGAGGAGCGCGAGCGGUUGAAGAAACAAUUGGAGAAGACAAAGAAUCAGAAAGAAAAGCUAGAAUCAUUGUGCCGAUCACUUCAAGCGGAGAGGAAGCAAAGCUCCACCGGAGGCAACAGCUCUGAUACCAUAGCAGUCUAAAUGUUAACAUAUUUAACCAUACAUGAAUGCAUUUUGUGAUUGUUAUCUAAAAUUGUUCAGCCUUCUGUCUCUUGUUGUCGAUGGAAGAGCCUUAGAGCACAUUUCGGUAUUUGAGUGUACUAUGCAUCCUCCCAUCAAUUAUUGUAUUAUUAUGGAGUACUUCAUUAACUGGUGGAAUUCCUUGAGUCAUGUUACUUGUUGGAACUGCCAUUUUCAAUUUAAGGGAACCUUUUCUGCAUUUGGCCUAACCCUAUAAGAGCAAGAUUCUCCAAUUUUGCAUCCAUAAUAAGCAUUGACCUGAGUAAUUUUUUUUUUUCUCUGUUUCAUCAACAUAUUUGUGGUAUUUAUGUACUUU